UUACUUGAAAUACGGAAUGCACAUGGACGUCAUCUGUACUUUUUGUGGACAGCAAAAUGCAUACAGUCAUGUGCAUGAGCCCUAAUGUAGCCUUUAAAACUCUCAAAGAUGCCUGAAACAUAAGUUUAUCAGCCGAACCAGAGACAUCCAUCUGUACAUAGGGGAGUUGGCCAGCAGAACCUUCUCAUCAUGCGUCCCUUUAAGAUGUCAUUGUGGUGCCUUUGUGGCUUUCAAACAUUUUCCAGAAGGUAGGCAAGUCUGGGUACUGUUGCUUGGAUCUUCCUAUAGAAGGAAAUACUAACAUAAUUCUGUCUUAUUUUCCUUGCUGUAAACUGCUAUGACUUUUCCUAGUUUCUAACACUUUCUCUUUGUAAAUCCUCUUCCAUUUCAUGUCCUCUGCCAUGCUCCCUCUUAUACUUCCCAGAUACAGUGGAAGCCGUGUUUGAUUUUAUUCAGAGAAGUCGAAGAAUGAUUGUUGUGUUGAGUCCUGACUACUUGACAGAUAAAAGCAUCAGUAUGCUGGAGUUAAAACUUGGUAUUGUGUGCCAUAAUGCCGUAUGCACCAGUCUUAUCGUUGUAGAAUAUAAGCCACUCCAUGGAUCGCACACCACCAUUUCUAAGCUCAAGGAGAGUGUGCCCUUUGUGUGCUGGGAGGGGGAAAGUUCCAGACGCAGCAGCUCCAAGUUUUGGAAGGCUUUACGAUUGUCAUUACCUUUGCGGAGCCUAAAUACAAGGUCAAGCUGGAAUGAGAGCUGUUCUUCCCAGUCAGAUAUCAGUCUUGACCAGAUUCAAAAGAAGAAGAGACGUUUAAAAGAAACAUCCUCUGCUCAGCCUCCUAAAACCAACAACAUUGACAGAAAUGUGCUUGUAGGCACAGUAAAAGUAAAACAUGGGCCCAAGGGUGGAAAGGCCUGUCAGUGUUGCGUGACUUAUUGUGAUAGUGAUAACAGACUUAGAAGUAAAUGUAGAGCAGGAGCAAAACCUAAAUGGGAGACACAUUUAUGCAAACCCGUCACAUAUGAAAAUAAAACUCGUUGGGUUCAGAAUGGCACAGUCCAGCAGGCCCCAGCACCAGCCCCUGUAGCUACCUUCAGUCUACAGCAGUAUACAGAUUUAUCCAAUAAUAACAGCGAUUUCUAUGUCCUCUAAUAUAUAACAUGGGUUACACUUCAUAUUUGACUGGCCUUGAGAACAAUGCAGGUCUAAAAUGUGGACACCAUGCAUCUGGAAAGUUUCAAAUGAAACGGUGGAGUGGGAGAACGAACUAAUAAACAUAUAGGAGGAUUCUCAGCUGGUUCUAUAAUGGAAUAAAAAAAGUUGAAACAGAACUUUUUGGAACUUUUUCAUAUGUCAUUUUUUUGAAUAUUCUGUUUUUCCAGUUUAGGUAUUUUUGACUAUAAUUUAUUGUUUCUAAGCCAAAAAAUGGACAACCGUGAACUUGCUUUUUUUUUUUUUGCCAUAUUCAUGUACUUAUUUAGUUAAUCUAUUCUGCCAUCAAGUCACUGAAGAGACUUUUGUCUUCAUUCACAGCAACCCGAUCUAAUGUAAGAUAUAAUAACAUGAUAAAUAAAUCUGUGUGCACUUGCCAACCCGUAACAGGCAUUUGUAAAGGAAAUAAAUCAACUUUAGUGGCAUUUUAUCAACGUAGAUAUAACAUAAUCUGUCAACAAAAUGAGUUA